CGGCGCGCCUGCGCGAAAACGGCCGCGGCUUAAUGCGCGUGCGCGGGCGAGCCAGUGCGGAAGUCAGAGGAGGCUCGGGCUUGGACCAGGCUUGACGUGAAGCGCUGUACUGGAAGAGGCGUUCAGGAGGCUCCACUGGCUUCCCGGAGCCGUCCCUAGCCCGAGCCCGCGUUCCUAAGCCUGUGCCCGCGGGGCGGCUCCGAGCAGCCCUCGGGUUAGGCGUUCGGUCGGGGACGAGCCCGCGCGCACCUGACAGCCGGGCCCGGAGGUCUGGCGAGAGCCGAGCGCUGCACGAGCCCGGCCCGGCGUCUUAAGGGAGAGCAGCUUCGGCGGGAGGAGAGCGCGAUGGACGAGGAUCUGAUGGUCGCGCUGCGGCUGCAGGAGGAGUGGGACGUGCAGGUGGCCCUGCGCGCGGCGGCCCGGGAGCCCGUGUCGUUGGUGGACGCGUCCUGGGAGCUGGUGGACCCCACCCCGGACCUGCAGGCGCUCUUCUUGCAGUUUAACGACCGCUUCUUCUGGGGUCAGCUGGAGGCGGUGGAGGUUAAGUGGAGUGUGCGCAUGACACUGUGUGCUGGGAUUUGCACCUAUGAAGGGAAAGGCGGGAUGUGCUCCAUCCGUCUCAGUGAGCCCCUUUUAAAACUGAGACCAAGAAAGGACCUUGUAGAGACUCUUUUGCAUGAAAUGAUACACGCCUACUUAUUUGUCACGAAUAACGAUAAAGACCGGGAAGGACAUGGCCCAGAGUUUUGUAAACACAUGCAUCGUAUCAACCAGAUGACAGGAGCCAACAUAACGGUCUACCACACUUUCCACGAUGAGGUGGACGAGUACCGGCGGCACUGGUGGCGUUGCAACGGGCCCUGCCAGCACAGACAGCCCUACUACGGCUACGUGAAGCGUGCCACCAACAGGGCACCCUCUGCGCAUGACUACUGGUGGGCUGACCACCAGAAAACCUGCGGAGGCACGUACAUCAAAAUCAAGGAGCCAGAGAACUACUCGAAGAAAGGCAAAGGGAAGACAAAAGCUGGCAAGCCACCGGUGUCAGCCAUGGAGAACACAGACAAGGUGUGCAGAGGGGAGGCUCAGCCGCUCAUCCCGUUCAGCGGAAAAGGUUAUGUUCUCGGAGACACAAGCUCUUGUCCCUCCGCGGGGAAGUUGAAGGCCUCACUCGUGGUUAAUGAAGCCAAAGGUCUCUCAGGUCAAGACAAUUCAGCAAGUGGCCUCAGGCUCGAUUCCAACAUUGAGGUGAAAUGUGAACAAAACAGUUUCUCAAAUAAAAAACCUCAUCUGGUCUCCCCUGUUCCUACUGCCAGUCACCAGAGUGUCCUGAGCAGCUACUUCCCCAGAGUCUCUGUGGCCAACCAGAAGGCCUUCAGGAGUGUGAAUGGAUCCCCAGUGAAGAGUGGGACUGUUGGGGACGGCUCCACGCAUUCAGCAGUGUCCAGCUCUCAGAGAAAGGUGCCACCUUCCAGGGCAUCCCUGAGAAAUGCCUCCAAAGUAAUGGCAGCAGCAGCAGCAACUGUGACAUCCUCAGCCAUCUCCCGAGAGGAGAGUGGGUCUGAAGACCAAUUCCUGAGCAAGCGGUCCAGGCUGGAGGACAGGACUGCUUUGGAUAAUGUCAUCCAGGAGCAAACACAGAGUGGUGGUGGUGACCUUCUGGAUAGCCCACGGCCCAUAGCCACCAGCGCGCCUCGCAGCCAACGACGGCUGGUCAACUGCCCCGUCUGUCAGGGCAUAGUUCUGGAGUCACAGAUUAAUGAACAUCUGGACCGCUGCCUGGAAGGUAACAAAACCAAUCUCCGACCUCGAAGAGUCUGAAGUGGGGUGGGUCCCACACCACCUGUCACCUCAUGGUGACGUCUCCUGCAGGGAAGGCGCUGUGGGCUACAGUGGCUUAUUGUAC